UCGACGCCUUACACAUGUGAGGUAUGCUUCUGAUUUUUGAAAUCAUCUUCUCCUUAGCGACUUCAUACUAAUACUUACAUACCUACUAACCUGCCCAUUAAAUGCUUUUGUACUAUAAAAUAAUCCCCUGCCGCUUGAAAUAUGAAUGAAUAAUCAGAAGAUCACUCUUCGUUCCCAUAAACGACGAACUGCUUGGUAUUAUGUAGAAAUAGCUAAAUAAUUUGAGUUUUACGUCGAACACCGCUGUUUCAUUUCAUCAGACAGGUCGUUCCGAGCACGAAGUUCGAACAUUGAUCACUACGUGUGCCAUGUUUACAGAUCCUGCACAAACGCGUCAAACUUGGCUGAUAACUCGAUGGACUACAGGUUACUGGUUUUAUCAAUCAAAACAAAUGGGCGCAAAAUUUAUCAGCUCGAUGCCUCUAAUUAGUUUGGAACCUUGCGUCCGGUAUCACCUUCCAUCAAUUAAGUGGUGCAUCAAGCGGUUGGCUCCCAGCACGAAAAGAAGUCUGUCUAUGCCCGAGUUGGAAGCUAGACCAGGAAGUGUCCCCAGUAUUGUCAGGCAAAAUUAUCACGGAAACACAUUCAGGACGGUUGACGAUACUUUAUAUCUAUAUUUUCUUACCCAGUUAACAGGCCGUUUGCCAUCCGAGCUGCCUCCUCACAUCGGAUUUUAGACCGCGGUGAACACGGAGCUCCUUCAGAUUCAAGAUCCAAUCUUUGUACUGAACAAACCCCUUCGAACAGUUCUUUACUAUGUCUCCACUUUACAAAGCAUCGUAUUUUAGGUUGCUACGCCAG